UUCCCCCCGUCCCGCUUAUUUUCCCGGCUCCUCCGGCUCUCCCCCUCUCCCUCCCUCCCCGUCCCUCCUCCCCUCCCUCCCUCCCUCCCUCCCCCCGACUCCCCAUUUCCCCUCCCCACCUCAUCACCAUUCCAACCUCACCGCCAGAGCCCGGUGACAUCAAACAUCCCCCCCCUUCCCCCUCCUCCUCCUCCUCCUCCUCCUCCUGCCACCGCCACCGAAUCCCUCUUACGCCAUGGCCGACCCAAUCCCCGCCGUCCCAACGUCUUGACCCCCGGGAAUGGCGGGUCCCCCCCCUGCCCCCCAAGCCACCUCGUUGGCUUUUGGUGGUGGCUCUCAACGUCUUGCUGGUGUCGCGCCCGGCGGUGGGGACAGGCAAGAAGGCGGUGCACGUCGGGGCGCUCUUCCCCAUGAGCGGGGGGUGGCCGGGGGGCCAGGCCUGCCUGCCCGCCGUCCGCAUGGCCUUGGAGGACAUCAACAGUCGGAGGGACAUCUUGCCCGAUUACGAGUUGCGGCUCAUCCAUCAUGACAGUAAAUGUGACCCCGGCCAGGCCACCAAGUACCUCUACGAGCUCCUCUACAACGACCCCAUCAAGAUCAUCCUCAUGCCCGGCUGUAGCAGCGUCUCCACGCUGGUGGCCGAGGCCGCCCGGAUGUGGAACCUCAUCGUGCUUUCCUACGGCUCCAGCUCCCCCGCCCUCUCCAACCGCCAGCGCUUCCCCACCUUCUUCCGCACCCACCCCUCGGCCACCCUGCACAACCCCACCCGCGUCCAGCUCUUCAAGAAGUGGGGCUGGACCAAGAUCGCCACCAUCCAGCAGACCACGGAGGUCUUCACCUCGACCCUCGACGACCUGGACCAGCGGGUGAAGGAAGCCGGUUUGGAAAUCACCUUCCGCCAGAGCUUCUUCUCCGACCCCGCCGCGCCCGUGCGUAACCUCAAGCGCCAGGACGCCCGUAUCAUUGUGGGGCUCUUCUACGAGACGGAGGCGCGUAAGGUCUUCUGCGAGGUCUACAAGGAGAAGCUCUACGGCAAGAAGUACGUCUGGUUCCUCAUCGGCUGGUACGCCGACAACUGGUUCCGCAUCAAGGAUCCGGCCAUCAACUGCACCGAGGCAGAGAUGGCCGAGGCCGUGGAAGGUCACGUCACCACCGAGAUCGUCAUGCUCAACCCUGAGAACACCCGCAGCAUCUCCAACAUGACGUCCCAGGAGUUCAUCGAGAAGCUGCAGAAGCGGUUGGGCAAGAACCCUGAGGAGACAGGAGGCUUUCAGGAGGCUCCGCUGGCCUACGAUGCCAUCUGGGCCCUGGCCCUGGCCCUCAACAAGACCUCAGCGGAGCUGGUGAAGAAGGGCUUGCGCCUGGAGGACUUCAACUACAACAACAAGAACAUCACCGACGAGAUCUACCGGGCCCUCAACUCCUCCGCCUUCGAGGGUGUCUCGGGACACGUCGUCUUCGACGCCAGCGGCUCCCGCAUGGCCUGGACGCUCAUUGAGCAGCUGCAAGGAGGUGUCUACAAGAAGAUUGGCUACUACGACAGCACCAAGGACAACCUGUCCUGGUACAACAACGACAAGUGGAUUGGAGGUGCCCCUCCAGCCGAUUACACCAAGGUCAUCACCACCUUCCGAUUCCUGUCCCAGAAGCUCUUCAUCUCCGUCUCGGUGCUGGCCUCGUUGGGCAUCCUCCUGGCCAUCAUCUGCCUGGCCUUCAACAUCUACAACGGGCAUGUCCGGUACAUCCAGAACUCCCAGCCGUACCUGAACAACAUGACGGCUGUGGGCUGCACCCUGGCGCUCGCUGCCGUCUUCCCCCUAGGACUCGACGGGUACCACAUCGGGCCGGGGCUUUUCCCUUUCGUCUGCCAGGCCCGGCUGUGGCUCCUGGGGCUGGGGUUCAGCCUGGCCUAUGGCAGCAUGUUCACCAAGAUCUGGUGGGUCCACACCGUCUUCACCAAGAAGGAGGACAAGAAGGAGAAGAGGAAGACCCUGGAGCCUUGGAAGCUGUACGCCACCGUGGGGCUGCUUGUGGGUCUGGACGUGGUCACGCUGAUCAUCUGGCAAAUCGUGGACCCCCUGCACCGCACCAUUGAGGAGUUCACCAAGGAGGAGCCCAAGACGGACACGGACGUCUCCAUCCUGCCCCAGCUGGAGCAUUGCAGCUCCACCAAGAUGAACACCUGGCUCGGGAUAUUUUACGGCUUCAAGGGGUUGCUGCUGCUGCUGGGCAUCUUCCUGGCCUACGAAACCAAGAGCGUGUCCACGGAGAAGAUCAAUGACCACCGAGCGGUGGGCAUGGCCAUCUACAACGUGGCGGUCCUCUGCCUCAUCACGGCGCCCGUCACCAUGAUCCUCAGCAGCCAACAGGACGCGGCCUUCGCCUUCGCCUCGUUGGCCGUCGUCUUCUCCUCCUACAUCACCUUGGUCGUCCUCUUUGUCCCCAAGAUGCGCCGCCUGAUCACCCGGGGCGAGUGGCAGUCGGAGCAGCAGGACACCAUGAAGACAGGCUCCUCCACCAACAACAACGAGGAGGAGAAAUCCCGACUCUUGGAGAAGGAGAACCGGGAGCUGGAGAAAAUCAUUGCUGAGAAGGAAGAACGCGUAUCGGAACUCCGCCAGCAGCUCCAGGACCGCCAGCAGCUCCGCUCCCGCCGAGGUCGUCCAACCCAUCCCGGGAAGCCGACAACCAUUUCGCCCCGGGGUUGGGUGCCACCCCCGCCCCCCCGGCCCCCUUUUACCAACCCAACCUCCCCCUGGUCCGCUGCCUGGUCUCCGAACAAGCCGACAAACUCGGCCGGGGCAACUGCGACGGGAGCCGUGUCCAUCUCCUCUAUAAGUGACCCCCCCCCAGCCUUUCCGUGGAGGGCGGGGCUAAGAGCAAAGGGGCGGGGCUAUUUGAUGGGGUGGAGCUAAAAGGGGUGUGGUCGGGGUGUGGUGGGCAGGGAGGGCGGAGCCUCUUGGCCUUAUUAUUAAUUUUUUUUUUAACGUGUCUCUCUGUCUUAACCCCGGGGGACCGCGGCUCCCGCUGGGUUCCCCCCACCCUCCCGGGGCUCCGGGUGUCACCCGCCCUCCGACUGUUGUCAGGCGGAAAACUAUGGGGUGGGGGGUGGUGGUGAUGGGUGGGUCUUAAUUAAGGGGGGAGGGGGGCAGAGUGAGGGAGGGAGGAGUUAAUGAUAUGGAACACCCCCCCCCCCCAAACUCCCCUACAGUCGUCCCGCUACCCCACAACCAUCUCCUACAGUCAUCCCGUCACCCCUACAGGUGUCCCGGCUCCCCUACAGCCAUUCUGUCUCCCCUACAGUCGUCCCAGCUCCCUUACAGCCAUCUCCUACAGUCAUCCUGUCUCCCCUACAGCCGUCCCAGCUCCCCUACAGUCGUCCCCUCACCCCUACAGCCGUUCCAUCCCCCCUAAAGUCAAUCCAUCUCCCCUACAGACGUCUCCUACAGUCGUCCCCUCUCCCCUACAGCCAUUCUGUCUCCCCUACAACCCUCCCAGCUCCCUUACAGCCAUGUCCUGCAGUUGUCCUGUCUCCCCUACAGCCACCCCACCACUCCUACAGCCAUCCCGACUCCCUACAGCCAUGUCCUACAGUCGCCACCCCGUCUCCCCUACAGCUGUCUGCUACAGUUGUCCCAUCUCCUCUACAGUCGUCCCACCUCCCCUCCAACCGUCCCACCUCCCUCCCCCCUCCAACCGUAGCACACAGUCGGACAAUCCUGCUGACUCCUCCUCCAACCUGUCCCUGCUACACCCCCACAACGUCCCCUCCAUCCCCCAAGCGCUGUCGCACACAACCGGCUCCCAGUGUAGCAACCAACCGUUCUGUUAACGCCCCCCUCCCCCCGCAGUAACAGUGUUAUUGUAGCCCGGUGUUAGUACAGGCGACGUGGGGACACAGGACGAGGCCCAGGGAUGCAGGUGGUUGUAUCACAAGCGGCGAUUCCCGUAGUUUAAUGUCAGGCUGUAGUUUAGUCAGACUGUAGUGCACAACUCGUACGUACAAUCAAAUCGUAUUGCACAUCA